AUGUCGUCAUGCAUCGAUCCCGCCACUGGCUUGCCAUUCGCAGUCGUGCCUGAUGCGCUGCGGGCCGCAUACGGCUUUGUCGACGGCUGCGCUGCUUAUUACUGUGCACAAGCAGAGCAGUUUGUCUUGGCGGCGGGCAACGAAAGCCGGCAAGAGCCCGUUGUGGUGCUUCUCACGCGCGAUGCCCUCUACCUUGGGGACGAGCAGGGAGGGAUUUACCGGCGCGUGGAGCUCACGAACAUCUGCCGUCUCGUGGCGAACGGCGAUCUCCCCUCAGUCAACGACCCCGAACGGUCGCGGAAUCCUUUCACGGCGUUUGUGCUUAGCGGCCAACAGGAGCCAAGCGAUAUCGUUUUGGCCGGUCGCCCGGGCCACGUGGCCGCGCUGAUUGCGCUGCGGCUGCUGUCGUCGCGCGAGCGCGCCGUUCCGAUGCACACGUGCGCCGUUGAUGGGUGUCACUCUCUGCCGCAGGGGGCUGUGCGGCUCCCGCCGCCCCGCACACCCGUCGCGGGCCCGCAGGAGCAGCAGGCGCUGCGCGAAAGCAUCCCGGCACGCGGCGGGGCGGAUGCGUUGCCUGUCGGCGUCUGCAGGGGGCAGUUUGUGGCGACGCUCGCCCGCGUGGCGGAUGAGGAGCGGAGAGCGACGGCGACCUCCGACGGCGUCGCCACGGGGAUGUGGGUGCCAGUUGCCGUUCGGCGCUGCUUCCCGCCCUUCAAGGACGUGCUGCUCUUUUGGGGUGGGCGCGUGAAGUUCCACGGCGAGACUCUGCGGGAGGCGUCGGAGGCCGUCCUCUUCGUCACCGCGGCGCAGGUCGUGGUGGUGCAGGAACAGCAACCCGUGCGCGUCCUGCCGUUGCACGCCAUUUCAGUCAUUCUCGUUCACCGCAUCGACGGUGCGCUAAGGCGGCGCCUCACCUUCUUAGUUUCGGGCCUGAGUGAUGUGGAGAUCUGCGUUCAAACACAUGUGCACGACAAUGAGCGGUUGCUCGCGCAGCUGCACAGCGCCCUCCGCGCCGUCGAUCCAACCAACUUGCCCCCCAUUAGGCCCAUCACAAGUACGAAGGGGUUGAGGCUGCGGGUGAGGCCAAGGAAGGGGCAGAAGACACCCACCGUUGUGCUGCCGCCGUCGUCAGAGAGUGUGCGAUACCGCAAUUUUGUCUUUGAUUGCGUGCAGGAUAUCCUGCGGGAGUGUGAACCAUCGCGAGAGCAUACAGCCGCUGCGCUUGUUGAGCACUACUUUGGGAGAGAGUUGGAGUUGCUCGGCCUCCUCUACAGUACCUACCCCGAAUACGCUGUGCGGCAGGAGCGUCGCGCAGGACCCAAAUAUCGUGAGCGGCUGCUGGCGUUCUGUGCAAAGUACCUUCCCGAUAGCGUUGGCAUCGUCGACGAGGUCCUCUACAGUUACAAGACGCGUGAGGAGGAGCUCUUUCGUCGGCUUGUGCAGCGGUACGGCCCGGAGCCCCGGGAGGCGCCGGUGCCGCUGGAAAGGAACCGCACAACCCUGACGCCGGAGGAGGUCCGGAGGGCGCUGGUGAAUUUUUACCGUCACUACGAGCCAAGGAAGAUUGCCGACGUUGACGCCAUCAUGGCGCUCUACCGCGAGCGGGAGCAGCUGCUCUUUGACCGACUCACACAACUCUACGGCCCCAUGCCGCCUGACCAGGACUCCGCCUCGCCGCCGGCACAGCCCGCGUUGCCGCCUCCGCCGACCUCCUCCCACUCGGCCCCCUCUCCGCCGUGCGAGGAUGAAGCUGUGGGCCGCCCUUCGUGGCUUCAGCGGGUAGAGGCCUUUCUCGCCCGCUACGUACCCGAACGCAGUGGGGAGGCUGAGACGUUGCUCCAGAGAUUCGCCGGAUCUGAGGAGGCUCUCCUCUACGGCCUUGAGAAGAAAUACGGCCCUGAACCCGUGAUUGCCACACGGCGCAAUCGCGCGCGCGUUGCGGCGUUCUUUGUGCGUGCGGGCUUGCCAGAGCCUGACGAGGCGGAGAUUGACGAGGCGAUUCACUCCUUCUGCGGCGGUGAAGAGGACUUUUUCUUUCAACUUGAGCAGCAGUACGGCGCGGAGAAGCCGUUGCGGUUCCCACCGGGGCCCCAAGACGUCACCGCGGCGGAGUUUGCAAAGGUGGACCUUCGGACCGAAAUUCCCUUUGUGGAGGUGCCGGAGCCGCUGCAGCCUCUCUUCCCCAGUUUCUGUGGCAGGGCCGCACUCCUUUGGUUUGGCCGCGUGCUUCACUGGGAGCAACCGGCAGCGCCGACGCUGCGCUGCGCCUACCUCACCUCCUCGCACAUUUAUGUGGGCAACUCUGAAGCCGACACCGCGCGCUGUGCCGCGCUGGAACUGGUAGAAGCGGUGUACAUAAAUUCGAGGCGCGAGCGCAAAGACAUGCCCCCGUGCAUGCUGAUUCGUGUACAGGGGGAGCAUGAUCUUUUCUUUGCGUUUGCCUGCGACGACGAGGGGCACCAGCUGCUCUCAGCGCUCACAAGCACACUGACGCAGUACCACUUUGGCAGCCGCUGCCGUGUGAUUGCGUGCGCCAGCUUCACCGAUCCUGGAAUUCAGGUUGACUGCUUGCGUCGACCGACGCACAUCAACCGUGUUGCAGCCGUCGUGCGGCGACCCCGCACUACGUCAUCUGUGUGCAUCCGCGACACCAACAAUAACAGGGCUGUCCAUUCUAAUAUUGACGAGUACGAUGUCCACGCCCUCCGCCUGCUGAAACAGCAGGAGUGUGAAGUGCGUAGCAGGCUCCACGAUGCUCUAAUUGUAAAGUAUGACGAGGGUCAGCAGGUGGCGUUGCAACAGGACGCCGCUCUCGUUAACCACAGGUGGGACAUUAUUCGCCCGUUGGCAACGAAGCAGAAGGAGGUGUUUGGCACUGUGCCUUCGCGGCCCGUUGCUGGAGGCGGCAUCGCCAGCGACGCCCAGCCGGCAAUGGGGCACCGACCUGCGCGGCUACAGGGGUUUCAAGUGGUCGCCGGUGUCCCGUCGCAUACAGAUAAACUCAAUCCACUGCAGCGGGCGCAGUACAUGAAAUUUUCCCCUAAUGGAACGUACGGCCUGGGCGUGAAAGGCAGUCGGUGCAGUGGCACCCCGACGGGGCUCACGGCGACGCCGGAGAGCAGCGCCGCACGUUUGUUGGCGCGUUUCCCUGAGGGUCCGGCUGCAAACCCCGCCCAUGAAGUUUCCUAUCGGCCCUCCAUCAUCAGGGACGAUGGGCUUGUGGGCGAAUAG